AUUUUACUUUCUUCUUCACAAGUCUUAUUUUUUUCUUCUCUCUCUUUAGGUACCCUUCUCUCCAUUUCUUCUUCGUCUUGAUUCGGAGCUUGAAUUGGACUUGAACUAAAUCUAAUAUCUUUUAUUCCUUUAAUUUCUUCAAAAAAUAAUCAAUAUUCCUCAGAAGCCGCUCUAAAAUACUUUUUAAUUCAAGCUUUAGGUUCUUCGGUUAUUAUUAUAUCCGCCUCUUUUGUAUUAUCAUCUAAUGAACUAGCCAUCAUAUUGAUAACAGUGGCUCUUUUGUUAAAAUCAGGAGCAGCUCCAUUUCAUUUUUGAUUCCCUAGAGUUAUAGAAGGAUUACAAUGACCUCAAGUGAUUAUCUUGAUAACAAUUCAAAAAAUUGCUCCCCUCUCUUUAUUAUCAUAUACAUUAUAUUCAAGUAAUCUGCCCAUUAUUCCAGCAGCUAUUAUCUCUUCCGCGUUAGUAGGAGCAAUCGGAGGGAUUAACCAAACUUUUUUACGUAAAAUUAUAGCUUAUUCCUCUAUUAAUCAUAUAGCGUGGAUAAUAUCAGCUAUCUUGAUUAGAGAAACGAACUGGUUAUUAUACUUUUCGUUUUAUUGUUUUAUUUCUACCUCAAUUGUUAUAUUAUUCAAUUUUCAAGAAGCUUUCCAUAUUUCUCAUAUUAUAAAUUAUUCGUCACACUCACCGCAAAUAAAAAUAAUUAUAUUUUCCUCGUUAUUAUCUAUAGGGGGUUUACCUCCUUUUACGGGAUUUAUUCCCAAGUGAUUUAUCAUUCAAGAAAUAAUUUCCUCCCAUAUAUUUGUUAUUUUAAUAGUCCUUCUUAUAUCGGCCCUUCUGACUCUAUUUUACUACUUGCGUAUUGCUAUAAUAGCAUUUACAAUUUCAAGUCCUAGUACUAAAUGAGGUAUAAAAAUAAUAAGUACAUCCGUCUUAACACCUUCAUUAUUGUAUAUCAACUUAUUUGGUCUACUUGCCCCUAAUCUAUUCAUGGUAAUUCUAUAA